AUUAAGAAACUAAAACAUAAACUUUUUCCCAGGGAAAAGUAGAAGAAGAAGAAGAAGAAAUACUACAAAUGUAAUUCUCUCUUCUUGAAUCUCUAAGUACAUCUUACAUUGAAAAUUCAUAACAACAACAUAAAAACCUUCUAACUCAUUCUUGUUUAUCAUAUCUUUUACCACUUUGAUUCUCCCUCUUGAAAUUUGAUCAAUUGUGGGCAUAGCAUGGAUCAUGUCCGAGCAUUUUCAUCAUCUCCCCAAUUAAAUAAUUCUUCAACAAGUAACAAUGGACAGCCAGAAGAAGAAUUUGGUAUGGAAGGCCUUGCCACAAAUGUUAGGCUAUUGCUAAAAUUAAUUCAAGACCAUAAUGGGGCUACCACAAAAGACAACGAUGAGAGAAAGUUUCAUAGGGUAAAUGGUAUGAUGUUUCUAUUAGAUGAGGUUAGGACAAGGGUUCAAAAGGUUCAAUCUUCUACCAAGAGAAGAGCUGAACUUAGGAGAUGUAACACUGACCUUAGGCCAAACAUACCAAAGGAGAAAAGAGCUCAUGAUGUGCCUCCAGAUGAGAAAGAUAGACUGAGGAAAGAGCUAAACGCGAGCUUUGUGGCACGGCAGAGUCUUCAAGCAAUGUGUUCAAGUUUGGGAAAAGAAAAGCAAAUCAUGGCUUCUGAGCUUGCAAGAAAGGCUCAAGAGUUGACAGAACUUGAGGAGCUUAUAGGUGAUCUAAAAGCUCAGAAUGACAUGUUGAUGGGGAGGCUGCAUGCUUGGAACUCAGAACAGAAGGAGAAAGAGAAGAAGAGUAGUGGAGUAGAAAUGGAAGGGAACAUAGUCCUUCAAGAACGUAACAGGGCUCUUUCGGAACAGCUCCAAAAAUCCAUUGAUGGUUACAGGUCUAUGAAGAGAAAACUAAGAGACAUGCAAGAGGAAAAAAAGGAAAUUCAUGCUACAAUGGAGCAAAUGUGGUUGGAAGUUCAAUCAGGCAUUGACAGGAUUGAUAGCUUCAAGGAACACUUGGCAACAACUAAUCUAGAGACGAGUGGCGUCGAAGAGGAAAUAUCAGAUAUAGAGCAUAUGCUUGAAUCUCUUCGCAUGAAACUAUCAAAACAUACGCAAAAGAAAACUUAAUAUGAUAAGCCAAAAGCUCAAUCUGUAUUUAGAAGAGGCAAAGGUGAGAAGCAUGGUUUAUAGGGGAAGAAAAUGAACACUAUCAAAGCAUCAUCCAUGUACAGAAUGACAUUAUCACUUCUAGCCUACCAUGUAUAUUUUCGGUGUCUAGACAGCAUGCUCUUAGACCAUGAGCAGGAAGAAUAGGAGAGGAAAAAUGGUCAAAGAGGAGAAUAGUGAUUAAAAUGUUUUCUGAAUUAGAAUUUCAAUGGCACAAGACUUGUUUUAUAAACCAGAUUCUUGUCUUCUGUGUGCAUUUCCUAAAUUGAAUUCUUGUUCCUUUCAAUCUGAUUUAUAUGAACUAUAAAGUAGUGUUUACAUUUAAA